CGGCCUGCGGCCGCGUGUUCUGCCGUGCCCCGGAUGUGGCCCCUGCCUGGGAAAAUGGCGGCGCCGGGGUGGGCGGUGGGAGCGUUGUAGCGCCCGGUGCCAUCCCCGCCAUGGCGGACCUGGGCCGGCAGCUGCACGAGUACCUCGCGCAGUCCAAGGCUGCUGCCGCCACCGGUCCCAGCGCGGUCCCCGCACCGCCGGCGGCCGGCGGCUCGCAGGAGGAGGCGGGGGACGGCGGCGGGCUGCGGGCCUGGCUGGGGGCGCUGAACCCGUUCCCGCCGGGCAGUCCCCCGGGCGCCACGGUGUGGCCUUGGACGGGAGAGGAGGACCCGUGGCUGGCGGGGCUGUCGCGCUGGCAGCGGCUGGCGGGCAGCGGGCUGUGCGUGCUUCUGGCCGCGCUGUGCUUCGGGCUGGCGGGGCUGUGCGUGCCGCUGCUGCUGCUGCGCGCCCGCAAGUUCGCGCUGCUCUGGUCGCUCGGCUCGCUGUGCGCGCUGGGCGCCGCCGCGCUGCUGCGCGGGCCCGCCCGGCUGCUGCGGGAGCCCGGCCGCGGGGCGCUGCUGUACCUCGGGGCGCUCUUCGGGACGCUGUACGCCGCGCUGGCGCUGCGCAGCACCGCGCUGACGGCGCUGGGCGCCGCCGCGCAGCUCGGCAUCGCCGCCGCCGCGCUCCUGGCCGCGCUGCCCGGCGGUGCCGCCGGCCUGCGCCGCCUCGCCGGGCUGCUCCGCGCCGCGGUGUGCGGCCGAGGCAAGGCACUGCCUCUGUGAGCCCGGCGCGCCGGGGAGCAGCGGCCGCGUCCCCGCGGGAGUCCCUCGCGCACCGACCGAGAGCCUCGCGCUGUCGCCAGCCGACUCCCAGACCGGGGACGCCGCUUCUCUUCGCCUCCUCCGCGUCCCGGCACGUUUUCCUCGCCAGCGCUCGAGCAGCAGCGGCGGGGCUGGCAGCCCGGAGCGGCCCCGGUGACUCGGAGCUGCGGGUGCCGUGUGCGGUGCCAGCCUGCCGAGCCGCCCCCGAGCUCGUUAUUUGCCUUACCGCGCUGUCAGCUCCCUAGGCACGGCUUGGCAUCGCUCCACCUCUGGGUGGGGAGCUGGCAGCGUCCCGCUCGUGCCUCCAGCCGGGACCAUGUGGCUGUGCAGCGGCUGCUGCGGACCGCGGAUCCCUGCGGCGACAUUGUGGACUUGCCCGGUACUGAGGAGCGGCUGAGGUGCGCAAGGCUGACGGAUGCCGAACCACGAAGAUGAUUUAGCAAAAUGCGAUCGAGGCUAGGGGAGAACAUUGAAAAAUUAACUGGUGUUACCUCAUUUUGUGCUGACCCCUACACUAUGAACACAUACUGUUUUUGCUGUCACCUCAGACCAGUGGUGAAUACGAAGACUCUGGCCAAUGAACUGCAUUUCUCUCUAUAAAGCAGCUUUAAAAUAACCAUCCAGAUGGCAGACUAGCAAGCAGUGGUGAUUGCCUGCAUUUUGGAAUUUUGACCUCAGCACCACUGUAAUCUGUAGACAGCUGUGGCUAAAGGUGAAAAUGAAACUUCUGUGUACAUGAUAAACCAAAACCCUAGGAAUCAGCUCUCAGUAUUUUAAAUGGCUGAGAUUUCUGGAGGUAGUACUGUUGCUCCAUCUGAAACACAAGUUUGCCUAAAUACAGCCCUCUGUAGGAAUAGGUCCACCUGGAGCAUCCAUGUCCCUGUGGUCAGAGGUUCCUGGUCCAUCGUGCCAGGGACGUUUCCGUGGUGGCAGUGAGGCCAUGUCCAUGCCCUGGAGUGAAGAGGAACGUUCUCUGUUGGCUGGAGAGUGCC